UUUUUAGACUCUACAAGACCAUUCUGGUUUCCAGUGUAGUAGUAGCAGUGGUUCCCAGGAAGACAAAAUGCCCAUAAGACGGAAAAGAUCCUCACCUACUAUGGAGGAAUCCAAGUCAAAGAGAGCAAAAUAUUCACAAUCAAGACGUGGACAGACAAGUUCUGCAGAUACAUUUAGUCACAAACAGUGUAUAUCAUGGUUUCAUGAAUACACAGGUCCUGAUGAAGAUGUUUUGGGGCCAGAAGGUAUGGAGAAGUUUUGUGAAGAUAUAGGAGUAGAACCAGAAAAUAUUGUUAUGUUGUCAUUAGCCUACAAAUUAGAUGCUAAAUCCAUGGGCUUUUUUACAUUAGCAGAAUGGCUUAAAGGAAUGUCAGAAUUACAGGCAGAUUGUACAAACAAAGUUCAACAGAAAUUAGAAUAUUUAAGAAAUUUGUUAGAAGAUCCUGUACAGUUUAAAAAUAUCUACAGAUAUGCAUUUGAUUUUGCAAGGGAUAAAGACCAAAGAAGUAUGGAUAUGGAUACAGCAAAGGCCAUGUUAACAUUAUUAUUGGGUAAAAAAUGGCCUCUCUUUCCAAACUUUCAUCAAUAUUUAGACCAAUCAAAGUAUAAAGUGAUCAACAAAGACCAAUGGUGUAAUAUACUGGAGUUUAGUAGAAGUAUAUUUCCUGAUCUAACUAAUUAUGAUGAAGAUGGUGCUUGGCCAGUGUUGCUAGAUGAGUUUGUUGAUUGGUUCAAAGAUCAGAGACAGAUGAAUAGCUGAUGGUUUAAUAUGGACCAAGAAAUGAAUGAUUGAAACAACACACACAUUUAACCACAUAUUGUGAACCUGAAAACUUGUCACACAGAUGGAGACAGAAAAACAACAACAGCUAUGAGAUAUAAAGCAAACACUUACAUAGUGAUAUUACGUAGGCAAUCUGCAACAAGAAAUCCUCUGUAGAUCAAAAUAUGUAGAUAGAUCUGGUUCUGUAUUUAUCAACCUUUGAGGUCAUAUUUGUAUAUAUAUAUAUAUAUGAUAAAAUUUGCUACAUACAUUGAUUUCUUUCUCUCUAAAUUAAAUAUGCUUAUAUUGUUAUAAAACAUUAUUGAAAUUUAAAUGUAACUGCAGAACUUUAGAAAAAUUGUCAAAAUUGGCUUUCAUUGAAACUAAUAAUGGUCAAAUAUGAAUAAUCUGGGAUAUGAAUUCCUGCCUAACAGACUGGAGUCUCUAUUAUAUUCACCCAUGCUGGAAAUUUAGUCUGGCAUGGGGGUGUCACAUUGUUCACUUCCUUUAAAAUGACAUCAUUUUAGCACAUUUUAUGGGAGAGCUGCCUUUAAAUCAUGUAAUUUCGGGACACUUUAGAAUGAAACUGUGUGCCUGAGUUGAUGUCAUUUCCCAAUUAUGAAUGAAGUUGUAAAAUCAUUUGCCAAGGAAAAGGACAUUAUUUUCCAUGGAAAAUUAUUGUAUUGAUGUAAACUAUUUAAAAUAUCAUAGAAUUAUCACAAUGGCAAUGGAUAUUCCGAUCCAAAUUGCAACAUAAGACAGAUGUUAUUGGUUUCAUUUCCAAACAUCAAAUGUUGAUAAAUACAGAGGCAAAUUUAAUAGGUAUCAAAGUAAAUGUUUAGGUACAUGUGAUAAGUUGUCUUUCCAUUUCUUUUAUUCAUGCCAGUAAAAAAGAUUGUGUAUUUUUUGACCACGGGUUUUAUAUGACAUAUGUCUUUCAUAGAUAUAUAGUUAAGAUGUGCUUAUUACUUACAGGUUCAUGUGUUCAUCUUUACUUCUGAUCCUUGUGAAAUAUUCUGUGAAAUAUCAUGUAUUUGACUGAAAAUCUAUAUAUACAUGUAUGUAUUACUAAACUUAUUUUGACAUGUUUCUUAAUGGCAGAUAGAGGGAAUUACAAGCAGGUGUGAAAAAAUUAUCACAUUUUUUACUGAUCAAUAGUUGUUAAAGUAUUCAAAUAUUAAUUACCUACUAGUAAAGCCAUUCUUGUUGAAAUAAAUACAGACACCAUAUACAAUGGCUUGGUAAAUUUCCAUGAAUCUUAUGUCUACUGAUGUACUACACAGUGCUGUUUGAGGCACCCAAUGGUUUGUCUAAAUGAUUAUCAUAUAUACAUGGUUUAUUUCUUCAAUUUUACAUCAAAAAGAGUCAGUGAAAAAAAAUCAGUGUUAUAAAUUCAUUGUGCAAGUUGGAUAAUAAUGGAGAAUAUAAUGCUCUUGAGAUUUAUGUAACAGUUUACUAGAGCUUUAUUUCAAAUAGUACCCAUACAAAAUUAAACGAUAGUAUAAGAUCCAUUAAUGACCAACAGCAAUGUGUAUAUUUAACAUAAAUAUAUGUAGAACAGUGAUCAUUUGGGUUCGAAUAUUUGUUGAGAAUAGUACAUAAGCUAGUGUGAGGGAUGUAGAGAGAUGUUACACGUUUAGAGACUUGUGAACAGAUCCAGUAAAACCUAUUAAGUCUGUGAUUUUCAAAAAGAUUUGCUUUUGUUUUCAUCACUCUUGAGGGACCUCCUCUGUUAAGAAAUUUUAUUUGACAAAGCUUUUCAUUAUUUGUAUACCUGUCUCAAGAAUGCUGGCUUUUGAUUGGUAUAUUUAAUAAAUGUGCUAGAAAUCAACCAAUCCAGAGCAAUGUCAACUUGAUUUGAGAUAAGUCUCAUAUUGAUGGGUUUCAAAAGAAGUUGACUUAUGGCUAAUGGACACACUGAUUUUCAAUGUAAAUUUAUCCUAGAUAAAUGUGCCAUUUUACCUUGUGAUAAAAGCAUGUCUUGGUCAAUAUAUUUAGUUUUAUGUCGAGUUUUUAUCAUGUACAAUAUAUCAAGCAUUUUUUUGAAACAAAGAUUAGGUUUUCAGGCAUUUUCUUCUGAUAGCAUGAAAAAAUAUGACAUACUUUUUUUUAGUCUGACUGAGCGCAAAAUGCUCAAGGUGAACUAUUGUAAUCUGUUGUUCAUGUUUUAAACCCAUUUGCCUGUAGUGAUGAAGUUAUGCAGGAAUGGUCCUCUAAAAAUUGCGCAGAUGGUUCUUGUCCUUCAACAAGAUGGUCAAUAUCAGAGAUAAAUAUAGCAAAUCUUGCAUCUAUAGAAUUGUUGGAGGUAAAUUCUGAUUUAAUUCAAUACAAAUUAUUUCUUAAUUAAUUCAAUCAUUGUAGUCCGCAUAAUAAGAUGGCUGACUAUAUUCUAAAUAUAGAAAUGACAACUUCUUAACCACUUGGCUGAUUUUGAUGAAACUUGAUAAAAAUGAUGAAUAUGUUAAAAAUUUGUCCAUGUGAACCAUAUUUACAGGUGAACAAUUAAGGCCCAUCACGGUCCUCUUGUUUCAGUGUAAGGUUGAUUUUUUGCUUAUCAUUAAUUAAUAUUCAUGUUAAUUUUGAAUUCUGAUAUUUCGUGCAAAGGAGAUGAAACUCCAGGUUAGGGUUGGAAAGACUAACUUCACAUUUUCGUCUGAUAUUUGAAGUUAAUGUCUGAAAAUUUGUUCUUUGUGUUGGACUUUGUUUAUAGAAUGUUACCUAAUGUAUUGAUUUUUCUGAAGUGCUAUUUUUAAUUAUUAAAUUAAAUUGUUCUAUUAUUAAUACACUGUGGGUUUUACGUGAUGUAUAUGCUGAUUUUAUUUGUUUGUUUGUGAAACUUGUAUUGUGUUUGUCCAGUCCUAAUUGACAAAUUUGUUCAGUGUAUUUCAGUGUAUGUACAUUAAUAUUAGAUUUAAGUGUAUUUUGAAAUAAACCUGUUAUAGGGGAAAUAUUUUGGAUGUUUUGUAAGAUUUGAUGUUUUGGAAAUAUUAUAGUGACCUUUAUAUUGCAAUAGCUGAAAUUUUUCUGCUAGUCAUUUAGGUCACUUUGAAUGCAUUUAGUUUAGUAUUUACAUGUCGGCAUUUAUUGAUACUCAAAACAAAAGUAAAAUGCACUGGUCAAGAAUAUUAACAUAAUAUGUUUUUAUUAAGAUUAAGAUUUUGUGAAAACGAAACAACACUGUACAGAAACUUGUACUUGGCCAUAAUAGAUUUGUCGGUGAUUUUUUCACCUUAUAUAACAGAAGCCUAUAAAAGGCCUCUUCCUAAGAGAAAUUUUCUUUUAAUUCAAGUUUUUUUCAUCUUCCAAAAUCUGAGCUUACACCAGCUUUUUUACUUUUUAGCCAUAUUUUUCCAGAAUUAAUUAACCUAGGAGAACCACUGUAAAGUCUGUUCUACUGGGAUCUUGAAAAACAUUGAUGGAAGUUACACAUGUUCAAAAGUCACUUGAAUUAGGCUAUGUUUUUUAUGACUGAGUAAAUGAUAUGUACGUUAUUAUUUAAUAGAAUUAUAUGUUAGAAUAUAUUAAAUUCUUUACUAUUACACAUAUAAACAUAUAUGAAAGAAAUCUUCCAUAAUUAUGAUAUAAAUCUUGUAGUUAUGCUGUUUUUAAGAUACAUUCAGUCACAUCUGUAUAUAGAUACAUCAUUAGUCAUCUGUAACCAUCUUGUUAAUAAUGGAUAAAACACCAACAAUAUGUAAUAAAUGAUAUUACAAGAA